AUGGCGCCCGCUCGCGCAAACUCGCCGCGUGCCACAGUGUCCGAGCGCCUCGUGCUAAUCCCCGCCGUCAUCAAGAACAGCACGACUGGGUACAAGUGCGUGACUUUCCACCGCGGCAAUAAGAAGUUCCAGGCGAAGGUGAAGGCUGGCGGCAAGCAUGUCUUCCUCGGCUCCUUCGACACCGUCGAAGAGGCGGCCACCGCCUACGCUCGCUCGGAGUACGGCCGCGCCGACGCCGCCAAGCUGCGGCAGCCUCGCGCUGCUCCCACUGUCGCUGGCGCCGAGGCGAUACGGCAGGCGGAGAGGGAGGGCCUGACUCUGGCUACGAGCAGCAACAACAGCACAGGCUACAAAGGCGUGACCUUCUGCCCGAAGCAGCGAAGCAGCAAGAAGUACAAGCUGUCGGUGUGGGUUGACGGCAGGAAUGUCACCCUCGCUGUUCAGCAGGCGGGGAGGGAGGGCCUUACACUGGCUACGAGCAGCAGCAGCAACAGCAGCUACAGGGGCGUGACCUUCUACCCGAAGGAGCGACGCAGCAAGAAGUACCAUCUGCACAUGAGGGUUGGCGGCAAGCAGAACUUUCUCGGCCGCUUCGCCACCGCCGAGGAGGCGGCACUGGCGCGCGCGCGGCACCUGUGGGACACGACCGUCCGACUGCUCGAGCCGCAGCCGCAGCAAGCACCGCCGCAAGGCACAGCAGGGCCGUCCGAGGCCAGCAGCUACGAGGAGGAGGACGGCUUCGACCCGGCGGACAUUGCCGACGCCGCGCGCCUGCAGCCGCGCGACCCGAACGGCUGGGGCGCCACGCGCUGCUGCAAGAGCCUCUUCCACUACCGUUGCCUGCACACUUGGCUCAACGACGACAGCGAGGUCGAGACGAGCUGCGGCAUGGAGCCGAUCAACACGGCCUGCCCUGGCUGCCGAGGCUUCGUGUCGAAGUCGGCGUCGCGGAUGCUGGCCUAG